AUGACGAGGUACAUCGUAGUUUCGGGAGGAGUGAUCAGUGGAAUUGGGAAGGGCGUUAUUGAUGCCGGCACGAUGGCCCCGACUGAACAUGGGGAGGUGUACGUUCUCAACGAUGGAGGGGAAGUCGACCUGGACCUUGGGAAUUAUGAGCGCUACCUCGACGUGACGUUAUCGCGCGAUAACAACAUUACGACAGGUAAAAUUUAUCGGGAAGUAAUUGAGAAGGAGCGCCGAGGAGAUUAUUUAGGCAAGACAGUUCAAAUUGUUCCUCAUGUUACGAAUGGGAUUCAAGAUUGGAUCGAGCGAGUGUCCAAAGUUCCGGUCGAUAGCACAGGUGAGGAGCCGGAUGUCUGCAUCAUAGAGCUAGGUGGCACAGUCGGCGACAUAGAAUCUGCUCCAUUUAUUGAGGCCAUGCGCCAAUUCCAGUUCCGAGUGGGCACGGAGAACUUCGCUCUCAUUCAUGUCUCACUUGUUGUAGAUAUGCAUGGAGAGCAGAAAACGAAGCCCACCCAGUCGACUGUUCGUGACCUGCGUGGUUUAGGUCUGUUACCUGAUCUGGUCGCUUGCCGAGUGCAAGGGCGUGAGCCAUUAGACACUGCAACUAAGGCGAAAAUAUCCAUGUUUUGCCAUGUUGCUCAGGAUCAAGUGCUCAGCAUCCACGAUGUGUCAUCUGUCUAUCAUGUCCCCCUCCUGCUCAAGUCUCAAGGGCUUGUCGAGUUUCUCCAACGACGGCUCAACCUUGCUUCAGUCACCGUUUCCCUUUCUUUAAAAGCCAACGGGGAAGAUCUCCACACUCGUUGGAGAGCAAUGACCAGGACUCAGGAACGGUUAUUCGAGUCUGUCAACAUUGUGCUAGUCGGGAAAUACACUUCUCUCAAAGACUCAUACAUGAGUGUUGUGAAGUCAUUAGAGCAUUCAGCAUUCCGUUGCAACCGCAAACUGAUACUAGAGUGGGUGGAUUCGUCGGAUCUGGAGCCGCACGCAUUAGAGUCAUCGCCUGUGCGGUAUCAUGAUGCCUGGCGAGCAUUGGUCUCCGCUCAAGGCGUCCUUGUUCCAGGAGGUUUUGGUGAACGAGGCACCGAAGGGAUGAUCCUCGCGGCGAAAUGGGCUCGAGAGCAAUCAAAACCUUUUCUUGGUAUUUGUCUCGGGUUCCAGAUCGCCGUUAUUGAGUGGGCGCGCAACGUCUGCGGUUGGGUUGGUGCCAACUCCGAGGAGUUGGAUCCUCGUUCAUCAGAUCAUGUCAUCGUGUUCAUGCCUGAGAUAUCUAAGACUCACCUUGGCGGAACGAUGCGACUUGGACUACGUCCGACGAUUUUCAAUGAAGGCACGGAAACUUGGAGUAAAAUGCGCAAGCUGUAUGGUGGCGCAAAGAUUAUUUGGGAGAGGCAUCGUCACAGGUAUGAAGUAGGCCCUGCAUAUGUAGAGCGACUGGAGAAAAGCGGGAUGAACUUCAUCGGUCGGGAUGAGAAGGGCGAGCGCAUGCAAGUCUUCGAACUACAAGAUCAUCCAUUCUACGUAGGACUGCAAGCGCAUCCAGAAUUUUGCACCAGACCUCUGAAUCCCUCUCCUCCAUUCUUGGGUUUCGUUGCGGCUGCGUCAUCGGUUCUAGAGGAAAUACUUUCUGAACAGAAGAACUACAGAUCACCCCACCCGAAGUCGGCGAUGGUAUUUCCCGACACACUCGGUGCUUCAAAACCUGCUGAUGAGUUGAAAGCACCGACCAACGGCGUGGUGGUGAAUGGCCACUAAACGGCUGUUCAUCGAACUAGCACAACACAAACAAAACUUCCCCGGGACAAUGGAAUAAACAGCCGCGGAUUGGCUAUGUUUAUAGAGUGAAGUGCUUGUAUUUAGUGGUUUCAGUGUGCCAUCAAUGCUUCGGGUUGACUAGUACCAGUGUUACCUAAACCACAGUACUUUUGACCGAUGUUGCAUUUAUCAAAGCGAUUGCUACGUAAGCAGCCUCGCAAGCAGGACUCCAGCCUCUGACUUCGUCCAGAUAUCCAUGCAUGAGAGACAUUACUGCACAUCAGGUCACUUGUUCUGAAAUCUCCACUCCGUAUCGGGUCCUGCAGAUGUUCGGCUUCACUUUGAAUACCCCCGAUCUUCCUGCAUUUGCAUUCUCUGGGGUGCUCUUAACGAGACGGGAAAAUCUGACCAUUGUUGAUCGCAGUAUUAUUGAGCGAUUAAUUGCAACG